AUGAAAAUGGAAUCAUCGAAGACACAAAAUGUACGAGAUCAAAAUCAAGAAGCGCCACCAGCUUAUGAUAUAAACCAUGGAGGACAUUACGGUGCAAGCGCAGCGCUUUCUGUCCAGGGUUAUGCACCUGUUGCCGAAUUCUACACAGGAACCUGGGCUAAUGUCAACCAAGGCUUGCACGGUAAUUACAAAGAUAUCCUUACAACUUACUGGCAACAUACAAUCAAUCAUCUGGAAACCGAAUCGCAUGAUUAUAAACUUCACCAACUUCCACUCGCACGUAUCAAGAAAGUGAUGAAGGCUGAUCCUGACGUCAAAAUGAUCAGCGCUGAAGCCCCGAUUCUCUUCGCAAAGGGAUGUGACAUCUUUAUUACUGAAUUGACAAUGAGAGCCUGGAUUCACGCGGAAGAAAAUAAACGAAGAACACUCCAGCGUUCAGAUAUAGCCUCCGCACUGAAUAAGUCAGACAUGUUUGACUUUUUAAUUGACAUAGUUCCGAGGGACGAAGCGACUGGUGAAAGACAAAAGAGAGGAAUUAGUGGACCAGCAACUGCAGUUCCAAACACUUUAACGCCACAGGCAUCUCACCCAGGAGCGACAUCACAAACAUUCUCGGGACAAUUGUCAAGCAGUGGCCAGGAAGAAUACACUUCAAGGGAAGCCGUUUUCGCUGGUCCAGCCCAGCCGGGAUCCGGCCCAUCAGCCUACGGGGGAUCUUCAGGUCAAGUGUUUGCAGAAAUCGAUGGGAUUUAUGGAUAUUCUCCUAUGCCAACUCAUCAACAGAUAUUUCAGCUCCCAUCGCAACGUCAAUUAUCGCGGCACAUUCCUAACCUAAAUCACGACCCAGCUAUUACCAGUGAUGCUAGUACCGCUGGAAAAAAUUAUUCGUCUCAAGACGACAACGAUGCAGAUGGAGAGAGAGAUUUUGAGGUAUCUUAG